UGCUGUCUGGCUCAGUGAGGCCGAAUGUAGCUUCCUGACCUGACUUUCUGCACCUGUUUCAAACUGCUUUUCAGACAGUUUUAUUUUAGAGGUGAACAUGUGUGGACUAGUUUCAGCAGAGUUACCACAUCUUACUGCUGACAAUUUUGUACACACUCUGGCCACUGAUGAUGUAUUAGCUCACUUCUUCAAUGAUUUCUUAAGUCUGCCGUCUUUUCCUGAGGCUGUGCUGUACAACCAGGAGACGCGUCUGUUUGAGCUGGUGAGCGGCGCAGCUGAGUUUAUCUCCAGAAGAAUCAUAACCGUUCUACACCACAGCAAAUCCCAGCUUCUGACUGGUGACCCCUCUGUGCUGACCAGAACUCCUCCUCUGGACAACCACUUCACUGUCUCUUGUCUGGACAGAAAACAAGGAAUCCAGUGGAUCAUGGAGGAAAGAUUGCCACUUUUCCUUCAGAGUGAUUGCUACAUUGAAUACAGACUGGCCAAGUUGUUGUGUCAGUGGGACCCAAACAUCUAUAUCCAGAGAAGGAGGAGCAGCUCACGUUCUCUAGAGAACAUUUCAUCCAAACAAGGGUCAAUGACAAAGUACAACUUGACGUAUCUACCUUCUGACCAGAAGGAACGCAUCAAUACAAAAUGCAAGGAAUCAUCCGGAUGCUUCUCCAGCUGUUCUGAGCCAGAGAACCCAUGUACCUUUCCCGCUUUGUUCUCAUCAUGUUCCUCCUCCUCUAACCUUAAAUGUAAUAAAACCCAGGAACCCCAGAGCACACAAAUAGAGCUGCACCUCUGCUCAGAGAUGCAAUAUCUCAAAGAAUCCAGGGGCCAGAGUUUUGAGUCUGUUGAGGCACAGCUGGAGGGCCUGGCUGCCAAAAUAGUUAAACAAGUGCUUAACAAUGCCCUGAGCGUUAUGACUGAUGAGAGCCAGGGAAACAUUUCUGACUGUUUCAACAUGUCAGCAGAGCAGACAAACUGCACCAGCAAGGAGGAGAAAUUGUGUGAAUGUGUUUGCCAACAUUCAGCUAAUGGAGGCAGAGAGCCACUGGAGGGGAUACAAGCGAAAGUUCAAGAAGACAAGAUGGGGAAUGCAGUGGAGGAGAAGACAGAAUGGGAUAAGAGGAAUAGGGAGGUGGGGAGUUGGGACAAAGGCCGAGGAAAUGUCUGUGAUAUUGGUUGCCAUGUUAACUGUUGUCUGGACAACAGACCUGGCUUGGAUGAGUUCAUGGAGUUUUUGCGAGGAACGCCUGGAGAGAAACUGAUUAAUCUCUGGAUGGACAUAGAAAAACUGAAUCCUGUACAGCCAGAGCGGAAGAACAGACACUUGGUCCUGAUGAGGGGCCGGUAUCUGCUGAGCAGCAGUCACAGCAGUCUGAACACAGAGCUGCUCUCCACACUGGGACUGACCACCUCCACCUGCUGGACAGAAGAGAAACUGUGUUCAGUUCAGCCCUGCCUCAUUGAUGCUCUGCUCUACUACUGGGCUCCACGGUUCUGGAAGUCUCAGUUUGCUCAGGAGGACCAUGAUGACAGCUCCAAUAAGAGGCUGUGGACAGGGUGGGGGAGCAGGCCUCUGUCAGGCAGACAGCCUCACCGUGACUUGUUGACUCUGCCUCUCCUCGUCCCUGACAGCUCCUUGUCCCGACCCCCCAUCACUUCAUAUUGUAGCAGAAGUCAAUUACUGGGAAGCAGAAGAAUGGAGACCAUGUUACAGGCUCUCUGUGUCGACUCACGCGCCGGCUUGUUCUUCACACACUUCUGUGUUCAAACUGGAAACCAGCUGUGGGAGAAUGCAGUUUACUUCUGGACCGACCUACAGCACUACCAGGAACUGUUUUACCAGGAGGGUCUGGAUCCCUACAGAGUACAGAGGGAGGCACAGCUCCUAUACUCCACAUAUCUGUCCGCCUCUGCCAGGAGGAGCAUUGGCGUGGAUAAGGAGGUCAGAAAGAAGGUGUACGACCGACUAAUGCCGGCUUUUGAGGAGCUGUUUGACGAGGUGGAGGAGAAUACACUGAACAUCCUGCUGCAGCCAUGGACACUGCUGCUCAGCAGGGACAAAGAGUCCUUCAAGAAGGUGCAUGUGCAGGAGGAGGUACACAGGGUUGACAGUGAGGAGUACAGGGAACUCCAGAGUGUGUUUGAGGAGUCAGAGCGUCGACUGAAAGAGGUCGAGUUAGCCACACACUCAUGGAAUGUUGCAUUCCACUCUUGGUCCAGAGUGUCUCCAAAUUACCAAGGUUACCGUCUGGGUUCCUUACUCCGUCAGCACCAUGAGAUUGGACACUUCAUGUCUUUCCUUCAGAAUCAGGAUGCCAGUAUUCAUCUGACAUGUUGGCUGGAUUUGGAGCAGUACAGGAGGACUCCUCAGAAAGACAAGGCUGUCAAACAAGAGAGGUCCUCUCACAUUGCAACCAAAUACCUCAACAGGAAGUAUUUCUUUGGCCCUGAAAGCCCUGCCUCCACAGAACAACAGAAUGACAUAUUGUACCUGGCUGGUGGGCUGGAGCGUCUGAAGCUGGAGUGUCUCUCAAACCGGGUUGUUGUGGAGAUCCAGGACAUCAUCAGGAAUCACAUAGAGAAAACAUGGCUGCCUCAGUUUUUGUCCACCGCAGAGUUUACAGAGCGACAGAAACACAGACCACAGCACCAAGCAGCAGGCAGGCUCUCACAGCACGUCCACCACCGACGCGGAUCCAGGAGAAAAUCCUGGAAGGCCAGCAGCUCAUGGAUGAGUUCCUCCAAAGAGAUUCUCCUGUUUCGACAGAUCUUACUCAACCCUGUCACUUGUACGCAGUUCCAGCACUUUGUCUCCCUGAAGGGAGACUUCCUGGAGAAUGACAUGCUCUUUUGGCUCGAGGUCCAGAGGUAUAAGGACCUUUGUCACUCUCACAGCGAUGAGGCCACCAUCCAGCAGAAGAUCUCCACCAUCAUCAACUGUUUCAUCAACUCGUCCAUGCCCCCCACCUUGCAGAUAGAUAUCCCUCCUGAACAGGCCCAGCACAUUCUGGAGAAACGACACGAGCUUGGCCCUUACAUCUUCAGAGAAGCACAGAUGUCAGUGUUCAGCGAAUUGCUGAAGUUUUGGCCCGAAUUUCAAGAUCUGUGCAGCAGCGUCGAAGAGGAGCAACUUCUUCCUCUACUGCAGGACAAACGAGUCAAACACAGAGCCAGAGUGCGAAGACAGAGGAGGAAAGUGGAAGAGGAUGAAGAGGAGGAUGAGAGGAGUAGAGCUCAGGAAGAGUGGGAGACACAAGAAUCAAGUUUUAAAGAAGCAGAAGACAUGGACAGUGACACAGAUGAUACAGAGGAACCGGAGAGAAGAAGCGGUAGAAGUGGACAAAGGGAGCGGAGGACACAGAGCAGAGUGCUGUCGUCGGCCACUCAGCCGCUGUCGUGGUCCUACUCCAAAUACAUGGCAGCUCUGAAGAGAGAGGAGGUGCUGCUGAGGAGGAAGAGUCAGCUGGGAGCCUCAUUUGCCACAGCCUCAGACUCCUCCUGCUGCAGCGUCAGGUCAGCAGACAGUCAGCUCAGCCACAGACGGUCACACCGCUCCUCCAGAGCAGAGAGUACAAAGUGUAAUAGAUAUAACAGUAAGUGAAUGGUGCUUCUUCAAUGGCUUCACACAACAUUCUGCCUCCAAACCAAAGGUCCCUCUCAUGUUGACUGCAGGAGGUGUGAGCAAUGAAACCAAAGUAUAAGAAUGGACUCCGGCACAGACCGAGGCUGUUAUCGGAGCAUAAUGAGUGAAAACUGAGCUCCUACUGGAAAUGUGAGGUUGGGUUUACACAUGAUGUAAGAAUGUUUCAAAGCUAGUGUAACAAACACCCACUAACCCUUUAACCUCUGUUUCACGAUGUCUGAUGGAAAACUAUACUGGCACAAAUAUUUAGGUUCAUUCAAUAAUAGAAUCACACUUCAUAUUAUGUUU